AUGGAGUCACAGGUGGAUCUCAAACUCAAAACAUAUCGUUUUAUUGCUUAUUCGGCUGUUGCAUUUUCUGUCAUCGCAUCACUUUCAUUAUGUUUCACUUUGCCAAUGAUUUAUUCAUAUGUACAAAACACCAAAGUGCAACUCGCCAAAGAAUCUUUGUAUUGCAAAGUGAGCUUUUUUUCUUCUCAUUAAUAAUUAUUAUUUAAUUUAUAAACUUUCUCAGGGUUCCAUUCAUGAUAUGUGGUCGGAAAUCAAUAUUGCUGAGAUGCCAAAAAACAGAACUGUGAGACAAGCCUAUGCUUCAGCUGGAGGAUCUGGGGGAGGUGGAGGAGGUGGAUGCUCAGGAUGUUGUAAUCCUGGACCACCAGGACCGGGUGGAUCACCAGGAAAGCCAGGUAAACCAGGAAAGCCCGGAGCACCAGGAGCUGCUGGAGCUGAAGGGAAAGGAGCUAGUGCACCGUGUGAGGCUUCAACUCCACCACCUUGUCAACCAUGUCCACCAGGACCGCCUGGACCGCCAGGACCAGACGGAGGACCGGGACCAGCCGGAGGGCCAGGGCCUGCUGGACAACCAGCUGGGCCAGUUUCACCAGGGCCACCAGGACCACCAGGGCCAGCUGGACCAGCAGGAAACGACGGACAACCAGGACAACCAGGAGGACCAGGAGAGCCAGGAUCUAGCGAGCAAGCCGGACCAGCUGAGCCAGGACCGCCAGGACAACCAGGACCAGCUGGGCCACCAGGACCAGACGGUGCAAGCCAACAAGGAGGAGCAGGAGAACCAGGACCAAAAGGACCCCCCGGGCCAGCUGGACAACCAGGAAGCGACGGAAAUCCAGGACCCCCAGGUCCACCAGGAAAUUCUGGAGGAGAAGGAGAGAAGGGAAUCUGUCCAAAAUAUUGCGCUAUCGAUGGAGGAAUUUUCUUCGAAGAUGGCACAAGAAGACGUUAA